AUGAACAGCGGCGGCGGUGGCGGCUUCGGCUUGGGUUUAGGCUUCGGCCUUAUCCCUACGGCGGUGAUUCAGGUGACGAACCUGUCGUCGGCGGUGACCAGCGAACUGAUGAGGACGCUUUUUUCCUUCUUAGGAGAAAUCGAGGAGCUGAGGCUGUACCCGCCGGACAAUACACCUCUUGCUUUUUCCUCCAAAGUAUGUUAUAUUAAGUUUCGUGACCCAUCAAGUGUUGGUGUGGCCCAGCAUCUAACUAACACGGUUUUUAUUGACAGAGCUCUGAUAGUUGUUCCUUGUGCAGAAGAUGACUAGACUGGCCAAGGCAGACCUGUUUACACUUGCCUGAGUUAGGCACUGUUUGCCAUGCCACUAAACCUGCCGCCAAGUGAAUCCUUCAUUGGGGAAAUGAAAUCGGAGUCUGAACCGCAGAAGAUGGACGCCCUGUCUCUGUUUUUUUAUUGUUUU